AUGGUAAUAUUGACAGAAGAUCUUAUUCUGUCAAAGUCAAGUGCCAAAUCAAUCUCCGACGUUCGCAACUUAAAUCUUUGGGGCUGUGAGUUAGAAAACGUCAGCGCUCUUAAAAAAUGUACUAGCUUAGAAGUAUUAAGUUUGAGUGUCAAUAAUCUCGCUACCCUGGAUCAACUUGCGGAAUGUGAGUCAGCUUUUCAGUUUUAUGGUAAAAAUUUAAAAGAACUUUAUUUACGAAAGAAUUAUAUUAACGAUGUCGAAGAAGUAAAACAUUUGACAACGUUAAGAAAUUUAGAAGUACUUUGGUUAUGUGACAACCCUUGUGCAGAUGAUGAAAGGAAAUAUCGGUACACAAUUCUUAGGUACUUGCCUUGGUUGAAAAAAUUGGAUCAUCAUGACGUUACUGAUGAUGAGGUCCUUGCUUCCAUGAACAGCUCACCCGCUGCUAUGCCUCUUAAAAUUCGUAAACGGUUUACUCUUUCUGCAAGGUCACCGAUUGAUAGAUCUUCUUCUUCCUCACUUGACAAAGCUGAUGAGAAAUCUAGUGUGUUAAAUGUGAAUGGUCAUUUUAAAGCAAAUGUUAAUGGUGGAAAUACUUUAUUUUAUGGAAAUGGGUCUUUUUCUUCAUCUUCAAUGUCUUUGGGGAGAGGUUUAAGUUGGUCUCAACCUCGAACACCGAGAUCGAAUUAUGACUCAGAAGAUCAAUCUUCUGUAGUUCAUAACGAAAUACAACAAAUUAAAGACAAUGCUGAUAGUUCUUUGACUGUACAUGAGAAUAAUCAGAAUGGAAUAUCAAAUGGUAUUACUGGUAUAGGUGUGCGAUCCUUAGUUAAGCCAUCUGGAUCUUUAAGUCGUUCACCAUCGUUGACACCACCCCUAUCAUCAAGUUCCAAUAAUGAAAAACUUAAUACAGCAGCAAAAAAUGGAUCAAAGAUAGCUAGACAUAAAUCAAAUAGCAGUUUAGGAACUAGCACAGAAGGAAAUUUGAAAACUAAUGUAGUUAAACAAGCAAGGCCACAAGUAAAAUCAACCACUCCUUCUCUUAUUAGAACACCGUCUCGGACGUCACCCUCAAAAGUAAAUGAUAAUUUAGAUGAUACUGAGCUAGAUACCAAGAAUGAACCUCGACAG